AUGGCGACCCUGUGUAAAGCAACACGCCGUGGGAACCGCUCACCGCCAGGCCUCCUGAGGCGGAAAGGGGACCACGGUUUUCCCUCCAGACGGAGUCCCUCGAGGGAAUUCAGAUUAGCAAGGCUGGAUGAAGAAUGCGCGGCUUUCCUGUCGGCUCUGGGCUCGGGAGAUGCGGGUCUGGAAGGCAGUUCCUCCCUGGCCCCGGGCAGAGGACCCGGCAGCACACCCAGCUCCCCUGGGCCCGGGGCUGUGCGCAGACGGCAAGUGGCACUUCGCCACGGGGCUGGGAACCUGUUUUGUCCCCGCAAAAUGAUGUUUUUAGGUGAAGCAUUAUCUCAACGCGAGGACAGCUGCAUUUUGGGGAGUGACCAUGGCUCCAGCUAUACACCACCACACUUCCCAGACUUCCUGGCAGAUAGAAGUGCCGGCCCCGCGCCCGCCCCCGCCGCGCCCAGGCCGCGCUCGCCCGCGGAGGCGGAGGCCCGCGGCCCCGAGGGGCAGCUGCGGCGCUCCGGCUCGGGCUACGAGGGCAGCACCAGCUGGAAGGCGGCCUUGGAGGACACCACCACCCGUCUCCUGCUGGGAGCCAUUGCUGUUCUUCUGUUCGCCAUCCUGGUGGUGAUGAGCAUCUUGGCUUCCAAGGGCUGUAUCAAAUGUGAGGCGCCCUGCCCAGAGGACUGGCUGCUCUAUGGAAGGAAAUGCUACUUCUUCUCUGAGGAACCGAGAGACUGGAACACGGGCAGGCAGUACUGCCACUCCCACGAAGCCGCGCUGGCUGUGAUUCAGAGCCAGAAGGAGCUGGAAUUUAUGUUCAAGUUCACGCGGAGGGAACCCUGGAUUGGCCUGCGCAGAGUGGGGGAUGAAUUCCACUGGGUCAACGGGGACCCGUUUGACCCGGACACAUUCCCCGUCGCGGGCCCGGGGGAGUGUGUCUUCGUGGAGCCCACCAGGCUGGUGUCGACGGAGUGUCUGAUGACCCGGCCCUGGGUGUGCAGCAAGAUGGCCUACACAUGAGGGCCCAGCUAGAGCCUCCCUGGGACACCAUCCAGGACAGCGGCAGCCCUCAGUGACACUCCCUCUCCCCAGCACCUCCAGCACUUAAGACUGAGCCUCUCACAUGGUCCAUCUGUCGCCUUGCCAUCUACCACUCGUCUCUUCAUGUCAUCAGACUGCUCCUGUCAUCGGAUUAUAAACCCCUGGAGAGCAAGGACUGUGUGUUGUUGGCCUCUUUGUGACACACCUAGCAUGCGUUCAGACUGUGGUACUUGACCAUAAGAUUGCCCACAGCGUCAUUAACUGUUUGCCACGGUGGGAGACAGCAGUGGCUGCCACAGUCAGAAAAUUUGUCUUUUUGGCUUCGGUGGGCAUGGCAUAAUUUUAGAGGCACAGCAAAGAUGAACUCUAUAAUUGGUUUUGCUUCAAUGAAAUGAGCUCACAACAUUCCCUAAAGCAUGCACAUACAUCCUGGGUGGCUCAGUCGGGGUGGUCUGGAAAUACAGGGUUGGGUGUGUGUGUGUGUGUGUGUGUGUGUGUGUGUAUGUGUGUGUGUGUGAGGAAGGGCAGUCUAGGCCUCCAAAAUGUCCUUUGCAUCAAUACACAGAGCCCAGUGGGUGAGGAGACGGCUGUGAGUGGAAGCCAGGCUCAGGGAGGGUUGCCAGGCUCUGCGCUGGCUGCUGAAGGUUCCUGUGAUCCCCAGGAUAUCAUGCUAAUAUCACUGUGCAGUUCCACAAAAGACAAGACCUGGUUUUCAAAAAUGCCCACUGUCUGCUGAGUGCUUACAGCAGGAGGGAUGGAGGUGGGGAGGUAACUGCCUCUUUCUUCUUCUUGGUCUGUAGCCAGCUCUAAACUGGGAGUGAGUGUGGGAUUCAAACUGGGGGCAUCCAGGAAGCCUCUUGCCGUGCCCACCUCUCUGCCAAAGCAGACUGGAGUUGACACACACUAGGCCUGGCUCCGAAGACUAGUAGGGAGUUAGCUCUAUCAACAAGCGGUUGUGUAGCGCAGGCCAUUGUGCUAAAGCUCUCUGGCCCCAGGCGUCACCUCUAUAAAGUAGAACUCAUGCCUGCCCUGCUUACCUCACAGGGUUUGGAGAACAGUAGACGUUAGAAUUUCAGGGGUUAGAAAUGAUCGACCCCAUUCUCACUAUCCAUGGGGCCCAAAGAGGUUAAGUAACACAGGUUAAGUCCAAGGUCACACAGCUCGUGCCAGAACUAGUCAGGUCUUAUGGCUCUCCUCUCCUGUUUAUACUCUUAUUAUUGCACGGAUCAUGCUUUGUUAAUUUGUUUACUUGUUUGCCGUCCAUAAAGAGAUGUAAGCUCCUAGAGGGUAGGGAUUCACGCUCACUUUUUUGUUUCUCUAGCGCCUGGUACAUACAAAAGGUGCUCAAUAAAUGUGUGUUGAACUAAA